AUGUUCUGUCUCCGGAGCUGGCUACCCCUCCUCUUCAUUCCUACGAACGCUUCGCCUCUCUUCAUCAUCUCCUUCGUCGCCCUCACCUACAUCAUCCACCGGCCUUGCAUCUACUGCUCAGCGCUCCUCCUCAUCCUCUUCGUCUCAUCCUGCCACUGGUCGGACCGGUGCAUCUUCGAUCUACGCAGCAACUGGUUUGCGCCGCGAUACACAUCUGAGCCAACCGAGUAUGGCAUCAUGUCCGGCAACGCCACAACCGCUGCGCCACUACCAGGCGACAGCUUGACAGGUUUCGUCUUUGACACCUUCAACUCGACUGCCAAGGCAUUGGCUGGAGCUGCUCUUGAAGGCGCCCAGCAGCGGCUCGGCGUGGAAACAAAACCCGCCGAGUGGACGGGUGUGGGCUUGGAAUGGUUGCGGAACCUGUGGGGGCGCCGCGAGUGGAUGCUUCCCUGCGUGGAUGUGAAAGUGCGUUUAUAG